CAUAUUUCUACUGCAUACAUCAGACAUCGUGGUCACACACAUAGGCACACACACAGCGUGAAGUACGGACUCGCAAUGGGGAUGUGAACAUAUGGACAUCAAUACUAUGUGCACCACCUAAUAAGCGACAGGAAAACGAACGGAUAGAAUGACCGAGGCGUCACACGAAAGUGCAAACGAACUGGGCGACCAUACGGCUGCGCCAAAGGCAACUACUACCAAUGCAAGUAUAGAGAAUGUGGAUACGCACGCUUCCGGGCGUGCAUUUACACACAAUACACUCAGCGAUGCACAUCCACACGAAAAGACUGGCAAUGCCGAUAGCGAAGAAACAGAUAAGGUGAUAGAGGAUAGAAAGAGGUCAAUAGAAAUAGCAACCUCUGAGAGUGCAUUGGAUAGUAAGCGUCCCAGGAGAGAGAGAACGUCUCACUUCGGACUGGAGAGGAUUGUCGGCUGUCGGCCAUUCAAAUAUGAAACCUAUGGAUUUGCAGCGGAGCGAAGGGGUGAGAGAGACACGAUGCAGGAUGCGCACACUAUCAUGAAUGAUUUAUGGGCUGAAUACGGCAAAGCAAGGCCUUUGGAAGCUCCCAGGUUAGCGUUCUACGGAGUGUAUGAUGGGCAUGCAGGCGAUAGAGCUGCCAAAUAUGCCGCGAAGCACCUGCAUAUCCACUACCUGAACAACGUGGCUGGCUACUUGGAAAUGAAGGAGUCCGGGUUGAUUGCCGAGAUAGGGCCCAAGGAGCAGCGGAAAUGCAUUACCGACGCAUUCAAGACCACAGACACGGACUUUUUAAAGCUGGCUGCUUCCCAAGGCUGGAAGGAUGGUACUACCGCUGUUGUAGUGAUUCUGUACGAUGACUACAUGCUCGUGGCCAAUUUAGGGGAUAGUGGAGCCGUACUCGCAAAAGAUAUCGGUACAGUGGAGACCGAAAGCAGCGAUUACAAGGCAUUGUUGGUUACGAAGGACCACAACCCCAUGGUGCACACAGAGCGGAUGCGGAUACAGAAGGCGGGAGGGAGUGUUACUAACGGACGGAUCAAUGGCAUACUGGGGGUGUCGAGAUCGAUAGGCGACGGUGCUUUCAAGCGUCUGGGACUGACUUGCGUUCCGGAAAUUGUGGCGGCAUCCUUGACCGGAAAGGAGAAGCUUGUGAUUAUGGGAUGUGAUGGGCUCUGGGGCGAUUUAAACCGGCCAGAUGCUGUUAAGUUUGCCGGGACUUACAUGCGGAGCGAAGAGUCCCUUACUGUGGCAAAGGGAAUUUUGGAUCGGCAAGAACUGAACUUCUCAGAUGCAGAAUUGAGAGAGAGGCGUGUCGAACGCCCUGCCACACUAAGACGCAUACUUGUCCAGAGUGUGGUGAAGGCUCUGGUGAAUGAGGCGGUGCGCAAGGGCAGCACAGAUAAUACAUCAGCUCUUGUGAUAGGAAUUGGUGAGGUUUCACAAGCGUAAUAAAGAUAAGAC